UUCAGCCUUGAUGAUCAUUUAAAUAACUGAGAUCCGACCACUUGUCGUCAAUAGCGAGUAGUCGAGGAGACUGGUCUUAAGUCUAUUUCACGAUGAAACCAAUCAGGCAAAACACGCCACGGAUGCGAGGGUUGCUCGUGGUAACAAUCAUCGGAACGAUUUGUUCGAUAAUCCAUACCGAAGCCGCCAGUCUUGUGUCUCCACCAAAAGAACCAGAACACAAAUGCACAGAAGAUGAGUGCGUCGUAGAACGUCUGGAAAGUGCGGCGCGUAUUUUGAAGUACCGUAACCCAUUUGUUGAACCUUGCGACAAUUUCUACCGAUUCGUUUGCGGUUUUUACAGUGAUUUUGAAAUCACUGGUAGCCCACAACUCUACGAGUGGAUGCGAGGUGCUACUAUUAACGGACUGAUUGGUGACGAUGAUGUGAAGAGUGAAUUCAAGCCUUUUAAACUCAUUCAGGAUUUCCACGAAACCUGCAUGAAUGAAGAACUGUCUGGAGAACAAGAGCUGACUGCUGUGAAAGAUGCUAUCAAAGAACUGGGUGGUUGGCCCGUUUUGGAAGGUGACAAAUGGAAUGAAGCAGACUUCGAUUGGAUGGAAUUUACUGCUAAAUCAAAGGCAGCUGGAAUCGAUCUUAACUAUUUCUUGGGCUGGGAACCAGAAUUGUUACCUGACGGAACAGAAAAUAAACUGAUAUUCAACCUUCAAAAAGCUCCAAACAGCAUCGAAUACAUAUGGGCCUCAACGGAGGAAGAACCUUUUUACCAAAAUUACAUUGCCGCAAUAGUAAAACUUCUUGGCAAGGAAGACAACGUCGAUGAAGAAGUGAAGAAAAUAGUCGAGUUUGAAGAAAAAUUAAUCGAAAUCAGCGAUAUGCAAGAUCCAGAUGAGGAAGACAUUAUGCCUGUCGAUGGGUUAAAAGAGAAAAUACCUGGUGUCGACUGGGAAAAGCUGGUCAGCAAGACUCUGAUCCCCUUUUUGGAUGCCGAUGACAAGCCUUUUAUCAAAAUCUGGGAUGCAGACGCGCUGCAAGAAAUGAUAAAGCUCAUAGACAGUACUCCUAAACGUGUACAAGCAAACUACGCCAUAUGGAAAGUAGUUCAGUUCGCAGUUCAUUACUUGACACCUGCAUUCCUGAACGCGAGAGAUAAGUUCUACAACGAAAUAACAUACGAAAGAGACGGUCGAGAAGCCGGUUGCGAUGAAAUGACUAAGGAAUACGUCGGAGAGGCUAUUGCCUUCUUCUACAUGUCCCAAUAUAACGAUGGCUCUGAAAUAAUAAGUAGCAUGGUAGACGCGAUCAAGAAAGAGAUGAUCAAAAUGGUGAAAGAGUCAUCGAAAUUCAAUGACGCGGUCAAAGAAAAAAGCACCAAGUUGAUCCAAGAACUGCCUGUAACUAUUGGCCCGUCAGAAAAGUUGUCAGACCCAACGCAAUUGGAGAAAUUAUACGAAGGGGUAGAAGUUGAUAAAGGAAGUUUUCUGAAAACACUCGUGAAUUUCAAUAAAUUGAGAUUGCGCCUAGAUUAUAGCAGCAAACUAAACAACGACUACCAUUUCAAUGCGGAGGAAGAAGAAGAUGGAAAUCCGGGACUGCCUGAGAAUCAUGAAGGUCAUUUAUAUAUACCGACAAAAAUGUUAGCAAGCCCAAUAUUCCAUGAAGGUCGUCCAUUGUACAUGAAUUUCGGGGCGGGUGGCAUGGCUUUGGCCCAUGAAAUCUAUCCUGCAGUAGCCACUUUGGCAGAUACUAGCGACCAAGCUGAAUGUUUCAGUCACCUAUUUGACGAUCUUAAAGAGCCAGAACUACAAAAUAUGACCAGUACAGCCAAAGUGCAUGGGGUAGCUGCUCAAUACAUUGCGUUCAAAGCAGCUUAUCAUGCCUACAAGGACUUAGUGGCUGAAAUCGGCGCAGAAAAACCAUUACCUGAAGUUCCCUACACACCUGAGCAGUUAUUCUGGAUUUCUUACGCUGGAUCUUUUUGCUCCGCAAACAAGGAAGACGAAGAAGAUGAAGAAGAAGGAGAAGGAGAAGGAGAGGAAAAGGACAAAGACGAUUCACUAUCGCUGCCCGAAAUUGAAGUACUGAGAAUUCUAAGAAAUGUACCCGAAUUUGCGGCCGAUUUCCAGUGCGCCGCUGGUACUCCAAUGAAUCCCGAGCAGAAAUGUACCUGGUGCUGCGACUGCUUACAAAGACUAAAAAAAAUAAUCUUUGACAUGACGAUGCUCUGGCAGAAGUGGCCCUUGGCUCUAUUCGUAGUAGCCAUCGUGUUCGUUUGUUCGAUUAAUGGAGCCAGUAUUGUUUCUCCACCGAAACCGCCUGCGAACAAAUGUGAUGAUGCCACUUGCGUAAUUGGACGCUUGGAAAGCGCUGCGCAAAUUAUGAAGCACCGCGACACGACUGUUAACCCUUGUGACAAUUUUUACCGAUAUGUUUGCGGGAAUUUUGAAGUACCAGAGGUCGAUAAAUCUCCUGAAUACCUUGAGGCAAUAAAAGAUAUGCUAUUAAAUACGAUGAUUGGUCUUGAGGCAGCAAUUACUGAGUACAAACCCUUCCAACUCAUUGAAGAAUUACACGAUACCUGCAUGAAUGACAGUGCUCGUGGACCACAGGGUCUUGAAACAUUGAAAGAAUCUUUUACAUUUAUGGGAGGGUGGCCUCUUCUUGAAGGUGACAAAUGGAACGAAACUGGUUUUGAUUGGAUGGAAAUUAUCGGGAAAUCUAAAAUACUUGGUUACAAUAUAAAUUAUUUCUUAGACUGGGACCCAGAAGUUUAUUUUGAUGGUGAAAAUCAACAUAUUAUAUUCGAGCUUUUUACGGCCCCGAUCUUUUUUGAAUUUAUGAUGUCCGAAGAAGAUGAUCAUCAGGUUUACAAACAGUACAUGGCAGAUAUAGUAAAACUUAUGGGUGUUGAAGGUGACGUCAAAGAGGAAUUAGAUAAAGUCUUCGAGUUUGAGAAAAAACUCAAUGAUUUAACUGCAGAAGCGGUUUCCGAUGACGAUGAGAAGGAAGAAAUUAAAUCUGUCAAAGAAUUGAAAGAAAAAGUUCCAAGUUUAGAUUGGGAUGAAUUCAUCGAAAAUACUUUGACUCCUUUUAUGGAUGUCGAUGAUGUGCCUGUUAUAAAAGCUUCAGACCCUGACACCCUGACAAAGUUAAUAGACCUUAUUAAGAACACUCCGAAACGCGUCCAAGCAAACUAUGUAAUCUGGAGAAUGAUUCAACUCUCAGUUCCUUAUUUGACCACCGAAAUUAGAGAAAAACAAAAAGAAUUUUGGAACCAAAUAGGCUACGUUGAAACUCCCCAUGAAAAAGCUUGCGAGGAAUUAGCUAAAUUUUACAUGGAUGAAGCCGUUGAAUACUUUUUCUUGGAGCAAUACAAUGAAGACAGACAAGUAUUAUCGAACAUGGCGCAAUCUAUAAAGAAUCAGAUAAUCAAGAUGAUUAAAGAAUCCGAAAAAUUGACCGAAGAAGAAAAGGAAAAGGGCGUUAAAACCUUGACAGAUAUGGGAGUGACUAUCGGACCGUCUGCGAUAUUCGAAGACCCGACAAAUUUAGAACAAUUAUACGAAGAUGCUAAGAUUUAUCCUGACAAUUAUCUGAAAACGCUAUUGAGAAUGAAUAUGUUUAGAAUGACACUGGACUACAGUAAUGACUUUAAUGAAAAGUUUUACAGAAGCGAAGAGCAGUCUGGAGACAUAGGGGAGCCAGAUAAUUUCGAUAAUCAUAUAUAUAUUCCGACUAAAAUAUUAGACAGUCUUCUAUUCGACUACGAGCGCCCACUGUACAUGAACUACGCAGCUGCGGGCAUGAGCUUAGCCACAGCAAUGUUUGAAAGUAUUCAAGAUCUCGGAAUCUUGAAGGACAACGCUCCAACUGAACAGGUCACAUGUUUCAGUGCGUUGCUUGGUAACAUAUCAGACCCCGAAACACAUAUUCCGGUUAUGCAUGAAGGCGCAUCAGGUAUAGCUGCUCAAUAUAUUGGAUUCCGAGCUGCCUACAAUGCCUACAAAGAUUACGUGGCCGAAUAUGGCGCGGAACUUCCCUUGCCUGAAGUUCCCUAUACUACGGAGCAGUUGUUCUGGAUUUCAUUCGUCGAGCCGUAUUGUUCCAUCAACGUCGAAACGGAAGAUGAUGAAAAUGUUGAGGGCACUUCAUUAAAACUCCUGGAAUUCACGCUGAUGAAAGUUCUUGGAAAUGUCCCUGAAAUUUCGACUGACUUCGCGUGCCCCGUUGGAUCUCCAAUUAAUCCUGAGAAAAAAUGUGCCUGGUGGUGAAAAAAAAACGCCGUAAUUAAAUUAUAUCAUGAUUUUCUAAAAUUUAUUUGUCACACAUUAUUAUGAAAAAUAAAAUUUAUUUCGUUCGGCAA